AGACAUUCAAUGUAAUUAGCAGCAUUUGGAUGCUUAACUUGAAAGAGAUCGAACAUUAUGUCAAAUCUCAUCUCUGCUUUGUAGAAAAGCAAUGGGAAACCAAUUGUAUUUCUUUUAUUAAUUUUUCUUGGCUAUGUCUGGAAAGAAAAUCUGGAAACGAUGAGGUUUUGUUUCUGUUUCGGUUACUUAAAAAUAAGUGGGGUCUUGUCCUAGACUCUUGUGCAGGUUUUUAUGCCUGAAUUUCGCAAGCCUUUCUCUACUCUUUAGCUAUUCUGUCGGGUUUUCUAAGAUAAGAAAUUUGCUUCAUGGUUGGCUUGCAUGGUUUUCUGACCGAACAGUGGAAUGCAUAUCUGGAUUUGUUGAAGAGGACAGUUCUCCUUAGCUAGCUAACAGCCUUUUUUUUAUUGUUUUGUCCAAUAUCUUAUAUCAUUUUCCCUUCCCUCUUCUUACAUCUUUCAGGAUUUCCCUGGGGUUUUUUCUACCUUACUUUUUGUUGAGAUUACCUCAACCAAUGAAAAUGAUCGUCACAUCUCUCCGGUUGUUUCUGUCAAAACAUUAUUUGUUCUGCUAUAUCUUAGUGUAAAAUACGAAAACAUUGCUUGCUUGUAGGAUCAAACCCCCCUUUUUACUGGGGUCUGUUUUCUGGAGGGAGGGUACUGCUGCGGAAGAGCGUGUUUGAGAGGAAGGAGUCAAUAUUUAAUUCAUUGCUUAUGGAUGGAAAUAGUUCAUCACUGGCGCCUGAAACUAAUAUUGCAGCUCUGAAAGAAGCCCUUUAUACACAGCAACUUCUUCUACAAGACCUUUACACCGAGUUAGAUGAAGAACGAGAAGCCUCAGCCUCUGCAGCAAGCGAAGCUUUAUCCAUGAUAUUGCGGCUGCAAGGAGAAAAGGCCUCACUGAAGUUGGAAGCAAGCCAAUAUAAGAGAAUGGAAGAGGAAAAGAUGUGUCAUGCAGAAGAGGCUCUGGCAGUUGUCGAAGAUCUCAUAUAUCAGAGAGAAUUGGAGAUUGCAUCUCUUGAAUACCAGGUUCAGGCUUAUAGGUACAGACUACUGAGCAUGGGCUGUAAUGAUUUGGGUGUGUAUGAGAAUUCAUUUCCAGAGAAUCUGUUAAUGCAAAGAAACGAACCUUUAUCUGGGAAUAGUGGUGCCAACGGAAAUUUAAGGAGAUUUAACUCUUCACCUCAGGUUUCUUCUACGGAUGCCAAUUACAAUAAAAAUUCUAAUGAAAGAAAGAGAUCUUUAGUCCCAGUGCCAGAUCCAAUGGAAAUCGAUGUGGAGGAAAUUGCAAUUCGCGAAGUUAAUGAUUCGGAGAAGAAACCAGGAAGUUCUGGUGCAGACGCGAAUUCAUUCUGGGAGCAGAUCAAAAGGUUGGAUGAAAGGGUAAAAGAAAUUUCGGACAACGAAGAUUCUGGUAGAAAUAAAUCAACGAUCUGGAAGGGUGGAACUUGGUCUCCGUCAUUGUUUUCACAAAUGGGAAUUGGAACAUCUGGCGAUGCAACAAGAAAAACAAAUGCUACUCAUUCGGACGAAGUUAAGCAGCAUCAAGAUUCACAGGAAGGUGUCCAGGAUAUUUUUGAAGUCUCUCAAACUUCCGGGAGUUGCAAAGUUCCUGAAUCUUCAGUAAAAGAACAUCACAAAUUGACUUUGGAAGGUGAAAACAGGCUUCAAAAGCCAGAUAUGGUAUCCAAGGAUAUUCUCGAAUCACCUAAUCAAGAUGAAAGAGGCCUGAUAAAGACAAUCAUGCUUUCUACGAUCCAUGAGAAGAAAUUACCCAAGGCAAGAGAAGGGACAAAUGUUCACCGAAAUUUGCCUCCUAUGAGCCGCCCAACAUUUAGUUUCAGCAAUUCUCAAGGUGAGUAUCAACAGCUGAGUCAGAGAGUUGAGAGGCUCGAGAGAGCAAGAAACAAUACAAGGCAAGAAAUUAUUGCUGAAGGAGAAGAGGAAGUGAAUUUGUUGAAAGAGAUACGUGAACAGCUCUAUUCAAUACAGUCUGAGAUUAGAAGUUUGACAACGAAAAAACCCCAUGUUCCUGAUGAGCCACCUUUAAAACCUCUACAUGAGGCAAUGCUAUACUUUUGGUUUUAAAUUCGAGCAAUCAAGCUUUUGCUGCCUCAAUCACCGAACUUUCAUGAAUUGUCAGGUUUUGAUACGUUCUGCAAAAAGGAGUCGGUAAGGCUGUGCUUUAAUUUUUGAAUGGAGUGAAUAUUACGCAGUAGAUUUGUGGGUUUUAUUUGAUUUGUUGUAGAAAUCCUAUUCACUGUAAAUGUUGCUCGGUGCACAUCAGUCACAGAAGAAGUUUUUUUUCCAUUAGAAUGUCUUAGGCAUGCUGUCAUUUUUGUGUUGUUUCAUCUCCUGAUAUUGGGAUGCUGAUUGUAAAGCGAUGUAUAAAACUGGCUCUUCCUGCUCUACUUCACAA